CAGGCCAGCUAAGUCUGCAUCUUCAAUACCCAUUAUGGGAGCAAAUAAUUUAUUUGUACAACCUAAACGCUUGCUUAAUUAAGUGGAAAGCAAGGCAGUGAUUUCUGACAGGGCUGAACUUAAGUCAAGUUGUAAAGCUCCACAGUGCAGCCAGAAGCAGCGACGGACAGUUGAACUGAAACCUGGGAACACGUCAGGGGCCCUGGACCACUGCUUCUCAGCCAUUUUAUUGCUGUUCCUGAAGGAAAAGACUGAUGAAUCUGACUACAUGAAAAUUUUAAAUUCUGUUCAACAAAAGACAUCAUAAGAAACGUGAAAAGACAAUGCAAACUGGGAGAAGAUAUUUUUCUUACUGAAAAACACUUAUGAACUAAUAAAAAGGUGAGGAGAUGGAACUCAUUAAGGUUAAGUAACAUUUUGCCAGCUAGUUGAUAAUAGACCCAGGAUCCCAGAGGCACUUGGAUUCACUGGUUUCUUGCUUCAGAAAUUAGCAAGAAGACCUCGGUCCCCGGGUGAGACAGGAGAAAUGGAAAAUUCCCUGUGUGUCUCUAUAUUCUUGGUUUUGUGCAUCUUUAUCCAAUCAAGUGCCCAUGGACAAAGCCUGGGACUAGAGUCAUUUGGAAGGAGAUCUCGAGCUGUUGAAACAAAGGAAACAUCACAGGAGACAAGAACCAGAUUUCUGCUCUUUAAAGAAGAAACCAAUAAGGGCUGUCAGAUUCGGCUCAAUCACUCAGACACGUUGCAGCAGUGUGGCUUCAACUCCUCUCUGCCUCUGGUGAUGAUAGUCCACGGGUGGUUGAUGGAAGCCUCGCUGGAAAACUGGAUCUGGCAGAUGGUGGCCGCGCUGAAGUCUCAGCUGGCCCGACCAGUCAACGUGGGGCUGGCAGAAUGGGUCACCCUGGCCCACACCCACUACUCCAUUGCUGUCCGCAACACCCGCCUCGUCGGCCAGGAGAUCGCGGCCCUUCUCCAGUGGCUGGAGGAGUCUGUUCACUUUUCUCCAAGCAAUGUUCAUCUAAUUGGGUACAGCCUGGGUGCACACGUCUCAGGAUUCGCUGGCAGUUACAUGAGCGGAAAGCACAAGAUUGGGAGAAUUACAGGGCUGGAUGCUGCGGGCCUUUUGUUUAAAAGAGCUUCCCCCGGUGACCGGCUUUCACCAGAUGAUGCCAAUUUCGUGGACGCCAUUCACACCUUUACCCAGGAACACAUGGGCCUGAGUGUGGGCAUCAAGCAGCCCAUAGCCCACUAUGACUUCUACCCCAACGGGGGCUCCUACCAGCCUGGAUGCCACUUCCUAGAGCUCUACAAACAUAUUGCCAAGCACGGCUUAAACGCCAUCACCCAGACCAUCAAAUGUGCCCACGAGCGGUCGGUGCACCUCUUCAUCGACUCCUUGCUGCACGCUGAUAUGCAGAGCAUGGCCUACCCGUGCAGGGACAUGGACAGCUUCAGCCAGGGCCUGUGCCUGAGCUGCAAGAAGCGCCGCUGCAACACACUGGGCUACUAUGCCCGUCAGGAGCAGCAAAGCAAGAAGAGCAAGAGCCUCUUCCUGGUGACUCGAGCCCAGUCCCCGUUCAAAGUUUAUCAUUACCAGUUGAAGAUUCAGUUCAUCAAUGAACUUGAGAAACCAGUAGAACCAACUUUUGCCAUGUCACUCCUCGGAACAAAAGAGGAAAUGCAGAAAAUCCCCAUCACUCUGAACAAAGGAAUUACUAGUAAUAAAACCUAUUCCUUUCUUAUCACAUUGGAUUUGGAUAUUGGUGAGCUGAUCAUGAUCAAGUUCAAGUGGGAAAACAGUAUGGUGUGGUCCAAUGUCUGGAACACGGUCCAAAUCAUCAUCCCAUGGGGAAGAAAGUCCCUUCACUCGGGCCUUGUUCUGAAGAGCAUCAGAGUCAAAGUGGGAGAAACACAGCAAAGAAUGACAUUUUGCUCAGAAAACAUGAAUGAUCUACAACUUCACCCAACCCAGGAGAAAACCUUUGUGAGAUGUGAAUCAAACUCUAAAAAAUUGAAGCGAAAGAUCAGAUGAGCUUUAAUGAAGACCCAGUGUGAAGAAUAAAUGAUUUUAUUCCUUAUCUGGAAUUGUUGCCUUGUUUGAAAACCAAAGUUAUAUAAAGAA